AUGGCGGGCAAAGAAGCGACAGUAUAUAUCCUGGAUCUGGGGCAGACGAUGGCGGAAACGAGGCAUGGGCGGAGCCAGACGGAUUUGGAAUGGUCUCUAGAAUACGUGUGGGAUAAGAUCACUACCACGGUAUGUACCUUGAUUGUUUGGAAAGGAUUAAGACUAUCAUCCAAGGAGUUUGGGAAUUUCAAAAUCUCAGAAAUUGCGCUAACCAUACGAAAAAAGGUUGGCUUGAAUAGGAAAACCGCGUUGAUGAGUGUUGUGGGGUACCGAACAGACAAAUUACGGGGUACGAUGGAAGAUGAAGAAGGAUAUGAAAAUAUCACGGUGUUCUCGGAGCUCAAACAAUACCUUUUGCCGGACGUUCGGAGACUGCAGCAUGAUCUGACGCCAAGCUCAACUAAUGAAGGUGAUUUGAUGUCAGCUAUCGUUGUUUCUAUCCAACAGAUUGAUACUGCUACUUCCGGGAAAGCGGGAAAUCCCCUCAAAUAUGAUCGUCGCAUAAUCAUCGUAACGGACGGGAGAGGCGCCAUGGACACAAGUGAUUUGAGCCACAUCAAACAAAAAAUUAAGGAUGAUGCUGCUCCGAUUGAGCUUGUAUUGCUUGGCGUUGACUUCGAUGAUGCGGAUAGUGGAUACAAAGAAGAAGAUAAGGAUGCCCACAAGGAGAAAAAUGAGAUCAUCCUGAAGGAUUUCGUAGAGGACUGCGAUGGCGUUUUCGGUACUCUUGCAGAGGCUAUCGACCAACUCCAAAUCCCACGGAUCAAAGAAGUGAGGGCGACACCGAGCUAUAGGGGCACCUUGUCUCUUGGAGAUGCCAAAACCUACGACGCGACUAUUAACAUCGACGUGGAACGAUACCCAUGUACGAUGAUUGCUAAACCUCCGACGGCCAGUACUUUUGCGCACAGAUCGGAGGCAGUUGGUACGCAAUCAAGUGCCACCGUGAUCGGAGAAGACCAUGCGAUGGACGGCGAGCUCUCUGAAGUACGGCACCAACGAACUUACCAGAUUGAUGAUCCUGAUGAUCCCAGCAAGAAGAUGAAUGUUGAACCGGACGAGCUUGAGCGUGGAUACGAGUACGGUCGCACUGCAGUGCAUAUUAGCGAAUCAGAUGCGAAUGUCGUGAACCUCGAAACCUCGCCUGGACUUGAGCUUCUCGGCUUUUUGGAUGCCAGCAAGUUCGAUCGGUAUCUUGCAAUGUCGCGCUCAAAUUAUAUACUACCGCAGAAGUCAAAUGUGCAAGCAAAGCUGGCUCUGUCCUCCUUCAUUCAUGCGCUGUGGGAGGCAGAAUGCUACGGAGUGGCUCGCCUGGUCACAAAAGAGAACAAGCCUCCACUGGUCGUUCUCUUAGUACCACGCAUCGAGCCAGAUCUCGAGGCGCUGGUAGAAGUAGAGCUUCCAUUCGAGGAAGACAUGCGGCGCUACAAAUUCCCUCCCUUGGACAAGAAGCUCACAGUAUCGGGGAAGACGAUCACAGAGCACAAGGACCUCCCAAACAAGGAUCUGAUGCAAUCAAUGAGCGAUUAUGUGGAUGCUAUGGAUCUUUCCACAUUCGACAGGGACGACGAAGGUGAACCGGCAGAGUAUGCAAAGCCGGAAGAUGCAUUCUCGCCUGUAUUGCACAGGGUGCAGCAGAUGAUCCGUUGGCGGGCCACACAUACAGAUCCUACUGUCCCUCUUCCUGAUCCUCCAGAGAUACUCACAAAAUACUCAAACCCUCCUGCCGAACUCGUCCAACAAACAGCGAACCAGCUCGCUGCUCUCACCAAAGCCGCCGACGUCAAGAAAGUACCACCCAAAGCCAAAGGCCGCGGCAAACGUUCGCGGGCCGAUCGGGAGAAGCCCCUGUCUGGCCUGGACGUCGACGAAAUUCUCGGCAAUCAAAAGCGCAUCAAGAUCGAUUCGACAAAUCUUAUCCCCUCUUUCAAACAAACUCUCGCUGUUAUAGAUGAUCUUGACGCUAUCCAAGACGCCGCAGACUCCAUGGGCGCGGAGAUACGCAAGCUCAUCAGCAAUAGCGUCGCGGAAUCCGCUUAUGGCAGAGCACUCGAGGCCAUGCGCGUUAUGCGGGACGAGAUGACGGAGCUAGAGGAGCCAGAGAUAUGGAACGUUUUUGUGGCAAGCUUAAAGAAGGAUCUACUCGCUGGACAGCUAGGUGGUGACCGGCGAGAACUAUGGUGGAAGAUCAGAGGCAACAAGUAUGGCCUUGUAGAUCGGAAGAAGUGCUUUGCCAGCGCUGUAAGCGAGGAGGAGGCUGCUCAGUUUUACAGAGUGUAAGAGUGUGUGGGUUUGGUCACGGUGGAUCGGUUCGUUCAAUGUUUCUUGCUCCAUGCACUUCCUCUUCUGGGGGGGUUUCAAACAUGGCAACGGCAGCUUGCACUUUAUUGUAUUAUAUAGGGACCGUCGUAGCGUAGUCCUAGACUUUAUAUCAGAGUUGAACAAGCUCUUUGAACGUCUACCCACGGAGGAUUACGUGACUUGCUGAACGGCCUCACACGGCCCAGGAAAUGUUAAACCGUUUCCAACGUGUAGAUAUCGCCAAAAAAAAAAAAAAAAAAAAAAAAGCAAAAGGGACAAGGGAACCGCCAGUGUAGAAAGAAGCCACAAAUUCGACAUGCAGCUAUUCUUCCCCUGCCUCCUCGCCAUGCCAACUUUAACCAUUCGUGAAGUUAUAUCCAGACUGAUCUGAGCCUCGCCAUUGAAGGUUGUAUAUGUGUGUGUGCGCGUAUCGUCUGACCUUUGCUAUACCCAAACCAACGUGAGGUUUCUCAUAUUUUUUUGUGUACCGGCAAUAGCGCUCUUAAGCUUGCGAUCGAGGGGAAAGAUAUGGGAGAGUCAAUCGGUAAACGAAUUCAACGGGUGGGCGGAGGACGACGGUAGUGACGAUCGCAUAU